AUGACCCAAUUCAUCAUCCAAGGAACCUCGCUGGCCGAGCCCAAAUACCAAAUGCAAGUGGAUCUCGCAAGUAUGACCAGCAUGCGGGCUGCCAUCGAGUACGUCGAAGAUACAUCAAGCGGACCGUCAGUCGACACUCUCAUCCUCCGUGACAAUUCCAUACCGGAUCCUAGUACCGCUAGCGAUACUUCUGUGGAUAUCUACCCACAGCUGAAAGCCCGCUACGACGAACAAUCCCACAUGCGCCGACGGCGGGAAGAUUUCAGGCUCCUCUGUGAGCUUUUCCACAAGUGCAAACAGCAUCAGAGGAUCACGACAGUACGGUUCGAAACGUACAGCCAUCCAUUGGACGUCCUGCACUUCUUCGAUGAGUACGACGACGCAUUCCUAGACACUGGUCACUAUGCAUUACUCCUUGUCUUAAUGGCCGCAGCAAACUGCGGGUCUUUCGCGCAAGCGUUCAUCAUGGAUACGAGGAACUUCCAGGCACUGCCUAUUGCUCGUUAUGGACUCCACGGAAGCACUACGGAGACUUGUCAAAGAGCUUUCAACCGCUUUCAGCAUCUUGAUCUCGUCCUACAACUGUCCGAGAGUGGGGAGAAAGAUCAAUCUAACGAAACGAAGCACGCUGAGAGAUUCUUCGCAGCUAUUCCGCUGGAGAAAGUUCGUUCACUCAAGAUUGUUCCUUUCGCGGGGGAGGGUUGUACCCUAGAGGCAACAGAUGCACUUCUUCUCUCCGACUUUCCGAGCUUGGAAAGGCUCGAAAUCUCACAAGCCGCCUUCGAUGGCUUCACAAUGGUGAGGUUCCUGCAAUCUGCAGAGGCCUUGCAGAGUCUGCACCUUACGCUAUGCGAUGUGGAAGAGGUACCGGCAGCAUUUCUCGACUCACAGAAGUGGUGUGAAGGCAUAUCGAGCGGCCUUGGCAUUGCAGAUGUUGCUGCAGAAGACUCAAUCUUCUCUGGAGGAGAAUGCCAGGACGAACGGGCGAGGGGAGGAUUCUUCGAGCUCAUUUGA